AUAGAGCUUUUUUACAGUAGGAUAGAUGUUGUUCAGAGAAAAACUACGCAAACUGUGGCUGUGGGGCAAGAAAUUGUAUAAACGAUUAGACGGUUCCUGUCAUUCGGAAGAAAUGAGCAUGUUAUAAGCUCUUAAAACAGAGAAACUCUGAAUAUGCACAUUGUUCACGAAUCCAUGCAGAUUUAUGUGGGUUUUUUUGAUUGGCAAAUCUGAGCGUAAAGCUUUAGCUCUGUGUCUAGUGCCACUAUUCAUCGCAAUUCUUCUCUCUUUAACCCUGCAUGGCUCAUGAGAGGGAAUGCUUUGAUAUUGGCAUCAAUGAAAUUUGUAAUAAUAUGAAUUAGUGCUAUGCAUGAUAUGAUAUAUGUAUGUUCCUGUAAAGAGCAACAAAUAACAAAUCAGGCAAUUUUUUUCUAAAGCUUUCUGUUGGCAUGGGUGUCAUGUGUGCACAGCUUCUACUCAAAACACUCUCAAUUUUUGUAUUUCCUUUUCUUCAGUUUUUUUUUUUGGGGGGGGGGCUAAAGCACAUUCAUUCAACUAGUCUGCCCUCUAGCUGUUUUCAUGAGGGACAUCCCACACUCUUCAUUUAAUAUUCAAUUAAAUCAAUCAAUAGUCAGUCUUCACUCUUUUGGAGCAAACAGGCUCAAGUCCCAUGCAAGUUACAACUGUGAAAGUGAAUCCAGUGUGAGUGAGUGUGUGUGUGUGUGUGUGUGUGUGUGUGUGUGUGUGUGUGUGUGUGUGUGUGUGUGUGUGUGCGCGUGUGUGUGCGCGCGUGUGUGAGCAGCAAAAGGGAGACAGGAGGAGGGACUGUCAAUAGAAGCCUACAAGAGGAAAGAUGAGAAAUACUCAGAUGUGGCUGUGUCUUCUCAGGGAGCAUGAUGCAGCUCUGCGGACCUAUAAUGAACCAUAGAGGUCUUUGAGAAAGCUUCUAAUCAUGGGGGAUAACUAUAUCAAAAGAAUUAUAAUGGCCAUCAAAGUCUUAGAUUGUGCGUAAAUCCUUGGCACGCUGCGCUAAAAGGUGGAUACGCUGAUCCAUUACGCAGCAGAAUCGUUCCUAUGAUUUAAUGUCCAGGCUUGUGCGGGCAGCUUCAUGACACUGGUACUUACAGUCUGUAAACAAUAACCCACAUGUACAGUAGUUCUUCAGUGUUGCGCCGCGAUUCAGCACCGAGUGACGGACAGCUCUCCGGCUCAGUGCGCGUAAAACCGAGGGUGCAGCAGCCGCCGGCGCGCAGAGUGAGCAGCCUGGGCGACGCGUCUGUCGAUGCUGAGCCUCGGGUGGAAAAAGACGGCAAAGUUCUCCAGCCAGACUAUCUCCUGAACUCCCCCCCCGCCCACAGAUAGAGGGGGAGAAGAAAGAAACAAGGUGUUUUUUCUCCAUGUGGGAGCGGCAGCGCACAAGUUGAGCGGACAUGCCGCCCGCGCUGCGAGGAUGACGGGUUCCGCUCCCACGGUAACGGAAACAUCUCCGGGAGGGAAGUCGGACUCCUGCUCGCCACCGCCGGCGAACAAAAUGGGACACGACCACCUGUUCUCGCCGAGGACGGCUGUCGUGUGGUCGCUCCUGCUCGCUCACUCAGCUCUUUGCUAUGACAAGACGCACACGCACGCCGAGGACGACCUCUUCAAGACGCUGUUCGCCGGUUACAACAAGUGGUCGAGACCUGUGCCGAACAUCUCCGACGUGGUCAUUGUCAAGUUUGGACUGUCCAUAGCUCAGCUCAUUGACGUGGAUGAGAAGAACCAGAUGAUGACAACCAACGUGUGGCUUAAACAGGAGUGGAACGACUACAAGCUUCGCUGGAGACCGUCUGACUACGACAAUGUGACGUCCAUCAGAGUGCCAUCGGAGCUCAUAUGGGUUCCAGACAUCGUCCUCUACAACAAUGCCGACGGCGAGUUUGCCGUGACUCACAUGACGAAAGCCCACCUGUUCCACACGGGUAAAAUCCGCUGGGUCCCACCUGCCAUAUACAAGAGCUCCUGCAGCAUCGACGUCACCUUCUUCCCAUUUGAUCAACAGAACUGCAAAAUGAAGUUUGGCUCUUGGACCUAUGACAAGGCAAAGAUUGACCUGGAGCGUAUUGAGAACACGGUGGAUCUCAACAACUACUGGGAGAGCGGUGAAUGGGCCAUCAUCAAUGCUGUGGGAACAUACAAUACAAAGAAAUACGACUGCUGCCAUGAGAUCUACCCGGACAUCACCUACUUCUUCAUCAUCCGAAGGCUUCCCUUGUUUUACACCAUCAACCUCAUCAUCCCCUGCUUGCUGAUCUCUUGCCUCACUGUCUUGGUUUUCUAUCUGCCCUCAGACUGCGGUGAGAAGAUCACCCUGUGCAUCUCUGUGCUACUGUCCCUCACCGUCUUCCUUCUCCUCAUCACAGAGAUCAUACCGUCCACAUCCCUGGUAAUCCCUCUCAUUGGCGAGUAUCUCCUCUUCACCAUGAUUUUCGUCACCCUGUCCAUCGUCAUCACCGUCUUUGUGCUCAAUGUGCACCAUCGGUCCCCCAGCACUCACAAGAUGCCCCGCUGGGUCCACUCUGUGUUCCUGGACAUGAUCCCACGCUGGCUGUUCAUGCGACGGCCUGCGCCAGACGCACGGCGACGCAGGCUGUUGCUGCUCCAGCAGGAGACAGCUGCUGAGCGGCGGCAGGCCCGGAUAGCUGGAUACAAAUCAGGCAACUGCCUCAGCACCUCGGCAAACUGGUUGAGAGACGGUACCGUGCUGGAGGACCCCGACAGAAGCUGUUAUGAGGAUUUAGAGCUUGGAACACUGACAUCUUAUUUUUCCUUCCGUCCGCCUUCGCCCAGACCUCCAGGGACGACUCCUCCGCCGCAGAAGAAAACCCCACAGAACAGCCAGAAUCGACAGGAAGCGGCCGGAGGGACAAACAGACAGUUAACCGGGGCCAGAGUCAAUCCCACUCAGCGGCCAACUAAAGUAGAAAACACUGUUUCAGACUCAACAUUCCUGCUUUCACCAAGUGUUGUGCGUGCAUUGGAAGGGGUGCACUACAUUGCAGACCACCUGAGGGCCGAGGAUGCUGACUUCAGUGUGAAAGAGGAUUGGAAGUACGUCGCCAUGGUGAUCGACCGCAUCUUCCUGUGGAUGUUCAUCAUUGUGUGCCUGCUCGGGACCAUUGGCCUCUUCCUGCCGCCCUGGCUAGCUGGCAUGAUCUAACAACGCUUGUAAAAAAUAAAAUAAAAUGUUGAAUAUAUAUAUAUAUAUAGAGAGAGAGAGAGAGAGAGAGAGAGAGAGAGAGAGAGAGAGAGAGAGAGAGAUUUUUUUUUUUUUUUAAACACCUAAACACCUAAACUCUUUUUAAUCACCUAAAGCUAAACUCUGCUUCAGCACUGGGGGGCGUGACUGAAGUUUGUGAAACACCUCAAAGUCCCACGGGGCCACGAGCUCUUUUUAAACACCACCAAACCGAGAUUAGGAGAAAUUGGAAGUAAAAAUGUGCAGCGUGUAUUUCCCUCUCACCGGCGGGUCUCGAACGAAACCAGGUCACGGUCUCUGCAGGGGCAGUGAGAGGAUACCCCCAGACUCAGCUGUCAACAUCCGGCUGAACUUCCUCCCCCAGGUCUCACCUGUGGCUGGCACAUGCUAACGUUAGCAUGUUAACAAGCUAAUGUUUACAUGCUAAACGUUAGUGUGUGAGUGUGUGUGUGUGUGUGUGUGUGUGUGUGUGUGUGUGUGUGUGUGUGUGUGUGUUAGCAUAUAGCCACAUAAGCAUGUUAACAAGCUAAUGUUAGCAUGCUAAACGUUAGUGUGUGUGUGUGUUAGCAUAUAGCAACAUAAGCAUGUUAACAAGCUAAUGUUAGCAUGCUAAACGUCAGUGUGUUAGCGUAUAGCCCCUUUAGCAUGUUAAGUUAUGCUAAAAACACAACAUGGGAGCUAAGUCGUGUAUAGCGCUAGCAACAGUGCCGGGUGGUUACACAAAUGUUGGAAGGGUUUUUUUUUUGUUUUUAAGUAGUUUGACAAUUUAAAAGUCAGCAUUUAGUAAUUUUCGGCGUCUUACCGGGGCAGCCAGCGGCUCGACAUCAGGCAGUGGGAAGAGACUGGUCCUGGUGCGGCUCGGAGCUGUUAGCUUGAGGCUGCUAACACAAGAAACAUCCCUCCGGCAGACUCCAGAUGUGUCGUAUUUACAUGUUGGUUUGUUCGUAGCGGCCUUCCCAGCCCUCAUGUGUAUGCAGGAAUGUCCAGGGUUUUGUUUGGAGUUGUUGAAGUGUUUGUGAACAAAGGUCUUUUGACCCUCUUGGAGGUCACUGGGGUUAGCCCACUGGAAGACUCUUAUGUGAUGUGAGGUGCCAGCAACAUGGGCCGAGGAACGUCAACAACUGUAACUACUUACUGCUGCUGUUAAGUUACAAAAGACGAGCAGUGCAAUUCAAUUUUGAUAAGACAUCAGUUUGAUUGUGUUGAACUAGUGUUGGUCUUCAGUUUUUCUAAGACCCCCCCCAAAAAAGGAUGCUCUCCAUGUUCCUAUCAUACAAGAUAAAGAUGAGAAGACAUUACAUUUUGCAAUUAGUUAUCCAUUUUAAAGAAAAAUAUACAACAGGAGAAUUUGUAUUCAUGAGUCUGCCAUUCGCCAUUCUGUAGGUGCACACAAAAAUGUCGACACGUACAAUGUGUGGCAGGGAGCACAAUAAAAGCAGAACCUGUGCAAUGUCAUGCGAGCCAAUUCAAUUCAACAGCCAUUUGACUCAUAUUACUUUUUUAUGAGGACUGUGGUAAUUUCCAAAUAAAAGCCAAAUGUUUUUUUGAGUUCCUGCAUGUGAUCACAUUACAUUGCUGUGCAGGUUAUGCCUUUAUUGUGUCUAUCACUUGUAAAAAAAAAUGGAUUAAAGCGAAGGUAACCUUUUCUUGACACAAUGCUGAGUCACUUAUAAUAACUUCUCAUAAUAAAAUCUAUCCGUUUGGCCCUUUG